AGAAGGACGAAAGUUACGGAUUAGGUGCUUCUCCUCUGGAGGGUGAAGUCAAAGCCAUCAUUGGACUUUUUUUGUUUGUUUGUUUGUUUUUGUUUUUGUUUUGUUUUAUUAUUCUAAAGUUUAACAACAAUCUAAACGCCCUUCAAGACAAGUUGAUGGGGAUUUUUCUUCAUCUAAGGAAUGUCUUGUUUUAUGACUCGGGAGUCCGUUAGGCUACGGUUCGGGAUUUUGCAGAACUAUUAUGGAAUAAACUACGCAACGAAGUGGCACCAAGAGAACCAGCUGAUUUGAAAAUUUUUACUUUUGUUCUGUUUUAUUGAAACUAUCCUGGGGAUUACGGAAUUUCUCGGCGGCUUCGGUGCUGGGACACCUAAUUUCCGAGGAUUUUAAGAGGUUUUUUUUUCAUUAAGCAUAAACUGUGAUCGCAUCUGGAUUAUGAAAGAAACAGAGGUGAAAAAAAGAAGAGUGAAACAUCGCGAUUAGAAAAAAAAAAGUUGGAGAAAGGGGAAAUGUGGAGUAAGAGUAGCGUCUACAUUAGGAUGCUGCUGCUCUUACAAUGGAAGUAAAGAACUGUUUUACUGCCGCUGCGCUGCUUUGUCUUUUCUUUUGCUCCGUUUCCAGCCAAGAACUCAACGUUAAAGGCAGGAAUGUGUGCAAAGCACCCGGGUCAUCAAGAUUGGUUUGCUGCAGUGGAUGGGGGCAGCUGGGAGAUGAAUGCCUGACACCCAUCUGUGAAGGCAACUUCACCUGUAAGGAAAAUGAGGUGUGUGUCAGGGCGAAUGAAUGUCGCUGCCGACAUGGAUACUUUGGAGCCAGCUGUGACACAAAGUGCCCUGCCCAGUUCUGGGGCCCUGACUGCAAGGGAAGAUGCAACUGUUACCCUAAUGGCCAGUGUGAUGAUUUGACUGGCAAGUGCACCUGCAACCACAAUCGUUGGGGACCCAACUGCGAGAAUGCUUGUCAGUGCCAAAAGGGCAACUGUGACCAAGACACAGGAAAAUGUACCUGUCACACUGGGUGGUGGGGUCCACACUGCCACAACAUGUGCUACUGCAGCAUAAAUUCUGUCUGCGACGUGAAUACGGGGCGAUGUCUGUGCCAUCCUGGAUGGACGGGGAGGAACUGUGCAAACCAGUGCAACUGUAACGGCUCGCCGUGCGAGCAGUACACGACACGCUGCCAGUGCAAAGACAGGAUGUGGGGUCCUCGGUGCGAUCGAGUGUGCCAAUGCAUCCAUGGCAAGUGCAACAAGGCUGACGGGUCAUGCACCUGCACUCCAGGAUACCGUGGGAAGUUUUGCAGGGAGCCAUGUCCUGCUGGAUUUUAUGGCCAAAACUGCAGAAACAGGUGUGGACACUGCAAGGGUCAACAACCCUGUAAAGUGACAGAGGGCCGGUGUAUCACCUGUGACAGAGGCUGGAAUGGGACACGAUGUGAUCAGCUCUGCUCCAAGGGCUUCUUUGGGGAAAACUGUCAGGAAGUGUGUCCCGCUUGUAAGGACGGUCACCAUUGUGACCCCAUUCAUGGCAAAUGUUCUCACUGUAAUCCAGGAUGGAUUGGGGACAGGUGUGAGGUGCGCUGCCCCAACGGCACAUAUGGCGAGAACUGUGAGAACAACUGCAGCCAGUGUUUUAAUGGCAUCUGUCACGUUGUCACUGGAGAGUGCCUUUGUGACCCAGGCUUUUAUGGCAUCUACUGCAAUAAGACUUGCCAGCCUGGACAGUAUGGAGUCAACUGCAACCAAACCUGCUCCUGCAAUGACAAGAACUGUGACCCUGUGUCUGGUGCCUGUCAUCUCCAGCCCAACCAGCGGAUGGGUGUGAUCGCAGCUGGAUCCUUGGUCUCCUUUUUACUAAUUGCCCUACUUUCUCUACUGUGCUGCUGCUGCCUCUGUCAAGACAAAGACGACCACAACAAAAAAGCCAAGCGGAUUUUGUGCGGACGAUUCAGCCGAAUCAGCACUAAACUUCCCCGUAUUCCGUUGAGGCGACAGAAACUGCCCAAAGUAGUCGUAGCACACCACGACCCAGAGAACACCUUUAACUGCAGCUUCAUUGAGCCGCCCUCAGUCGCCGAGCAGCCCUCCCCCUCCUCAUGGUCCUCCCAGGAGUCCUUCUCUUCCUUUGAGAGCGGAGAUGAAGGGCCCGUUUAUUGUGUUCCGCAUGAAGAAUCCACGAGUGACAGCAAAGGGAAGCAGAGCCCCAACCCUGUGGACGAAAUCUCAGAGGAUGACACAUACAAAGAGGAUGCAGGAGAGUACACUUCACUAAAAGACACGAGUGUCACCAAACCGGAAAGCAAUGAGCAGUCUAUACUCAAGUGCUCUGACAGUGAAAUUUCAAAUAGUGGGUCUGAGUCUGCUGCCCAAUAUGCCUGCAUCGCCCGCCUCUCCAAACAGUCAAAGGAGGAUGAUUGCAGUGGCAAAGAUGGUGAUGGUAACCUUACAUCAGAAGCCAAGGGCAAUGGGAAACCUCCUCCUUCACCUGGCAAGCCCAAACCACGGCCACCAGAUCCAUCUACUAAACCCAAAGUGUCAUGGAUUCAUGGAAAGACAACAGGGUCUCAACAACCAGAGCAACAAGGGGGGAAUAGGCCAUUUGCAGUGUCAAAGGAGAAAAAGAGGAGCACUAGCAACGGCUCAUCAAAGAAUGAAGAGCGUCAUAAAAUAAAAGAAAAGAGUCGGAGCCAACAGAAGAAACUGGAUGGAAAUGAUACUAAUGCAAAUGGAUCGCCUAGCAAACACAAACUGCUACAAGGUAAAAAGUCUGGAGAUGAGCACAGCAGUCCAAGUCACAUGGAGCACAUCAACGGUGUUGUCCAAAAUGCCCUAAAAAUGAUAAGCAGUUUCCGUAGCUCAUCACCUGAGAAGAAGAUUGUUGAAAAUCCAAAGCAGAGUCCUAAAGAGCCACCAAAGAGCCCGAAGGUCAUCCACCCUCAUAUGAAUUCUGAAGCGGCCUCUUUACUGGCCGCACAGCUCAAAGAGAAAACUCAGAGCAUCAACAGGAACGAGGGGACUGGACUGACAAAGACCAAUGGUCUCUCCCUACCAAAGAAUAACCAGGAGAAGCCCACACCUCCACAGAAAGCCAAGAGAACCAACUCCAGUGGACUUAGUCAGCAGGGCUCCACCAAGCCUCUGCUGCCUACCACAAGCAAUCUUCAGAAAAUGGUGGCACCUAUCACCAACAACUUUGGGACCCCCGAAGCCAAGAGCCCGGAGAAGCAGGACUUGAACGGCUCCAGGACGGGGGACCUGCUGGACCCUACACCGAAGAAGACUCCCAUAAAAAAGCCACCUAGGAAGAAAGGCAAAGGUGGUACCCUUGAUACACCUGAAAGUAAAACACCCCAGCAAAAAACAGCCAUAAUGCCACCACAGGUAGUGAAAUAAGUAUUUGGAAAAAUUCUGAGCAGUUUCCAAUUAUUUUCUAAAAGACUGAACAGUUUGUUUAAAGCUAGCAGCAACAUAGCUUUUUAAUCAAUGAACAGCUUGAGGGCAGUGCCUCCAGGAGCAUUCAGAAGUAACAACCUCUUUGACAUAAAAGGCACAACAAAAUUACACCAGGAGGGUGUUUUAUGAUAACCGUAACAGCAUUGUUAACUUUCAAGUGUAUGUAUUCAUGUCGCAACACAACUUUGAAUAGAGCUGAAUACUAUGCAGUAAACAGGGACAUUAUCUAAAAGUUCAUUCAUCUCAGCUGCUGGGCCAUGAGCCCACAUUUAUAUUUAUCUACUGCAUGUAAAAUGAGUAUUGAUUACAUCAACAUUCUUUUUGUUUUGUAGAUUCACUUCUAAUGAGGCUUUUGAUAUGAAAUGUGUUGUCUGCAACAACUAAUGUAAUCCACACAAGUCAGUCGAUGCAUCAAGUGUAAUGAAGUAGAAUGGCACAGGGAAUAGGUUUUAAAUGUGCUUACUGAAAUGUCUUCAAGAGUAUUUCAAGAUGCCUCCAGUAUGGAAAAAGUACUCUCAUGCAUUGGUCAAAUUUAACUUUGAUCCAUGCAUCCACACAAACUGUUUUCAGUAGGGGGGUAAAGUUUGAAAUGGAUUCAUAUCAGGUCACUGAACAGGUCAUUCCAACAAUUUUACUUACUAUCUUGGAAACAGUUUCACUGACAAUGUGUUUAUGAUCAUUGUCUUGUUAAAACAAUCAACCCUGUUUCAUCUUCAGAUUACUACCAGUAUUGUUCUAGUACAUUUUCUAUUCAGUCUUCCAUUGAUUAUGUGAAAUUUACCAGUGACAUUGCUGUGGUGGAGCCCUACACCAUGAUGCCAUCACUCCCAAAUAGAAAGCUUUGUGGUGGAGUGCUACAUUGGGGUUCAUUGUUUGCAUGAUGUUUUGGGGGUGAUAUGCAGUGCCAUUAAUGCUCCAGACUUGGAGUGUACAAUAACAUUAAAAGUAAUUCCUUUUGGUCUCAUUUGACCAGACUACACUCUCCCAAAAUUUGAUUGGCUUGUCCAAAUGUUCUGCAGGAAACACGCAUCAAUAUGCUUUUUCCUCUGCAAUGACGUUUUGUAAAGUGAGUGUGCAUUGAGGCCACAUGGGAUGAGUGCAUUACUUCAUAAAAAGGAAUGUACCUGCUAAUUUCUUUCUGAAGCUUUCUGUGACUAAUUAUUGGCUCUUAGAGAACUUUGCUGAUUAUUCUUUUGACUCCUCUAUCAGAAAUCUUGCAAUGGCUGGUUUAUGGUGUUCUUUCCAAUUUUGAAUGAUGAUCCCAAUGGCUCUAACUGAGACAUUAAAACAAUUAGAAUCAUGUAUGUGACUAAUUCUCUCAGAAUUAGGAUCUGAAGGUCCUGAGAGAGCUUCUUCUAAUUAUGACGUGCUUCUUCUAUGAUACCUUGAUAAUAAGAAAUCCUUUUAAAGGCCAUUAACUAGGACUAAGCCAACUAAUGUUAACUGGCACUGAUGAGGGCAGGAUUUAUUGCUACAAAGAGACUUCAGCUAUUUUCAUGGUAUUCUAUGUCUUUGUGUGGCUUUUUUUGUUCUUAUAUUUGAAGUUUUUAUUACACACUUUCAUUUUUAGAUUUAUUUCUUUGUAAGACUUAGUACUUUGUUUGUUUAUAUGUGUAAUACUUUUGUUGUUGCUGAGUUGAUGUGAAUUUCAUGUCAAUAGCCCCAUCACAAAUACAUUUACUGAGAAAAAUGUUGACCUGUUCAAAACUUAUUUCAUUGCUUUAUGAGUUGUACUGGUGGAAUUUAAAAGAACAAGGGCCAGAAAAAUAGCUAUUAGCAUGUAAUGCACAGACAGUGACAGUGAGUAAUUGGUAGUUUGAUGACUAGAAGCUAACAUUUUUCUAUUCUAACUUGCUUAAAGCAACAUGCAGCAGUAAGCUCUAUACCAAAGAUUUUCAAGAUCAUUCCAGCCUUAAAGAGUUUCUUUGCAGUCUACUCUUGGUAUUAUAUUUUAAAUUUGUAAUUAGUCUAAUGAAUCUGAGUAUUUCUAUGACUAUCUCAAUUAAAAAUACAAAAAAAACCCCAAAAAACUCUGAUCAACCAUCACUCAUUCAAUGGUUAAAAGUGCACAAAUGGAAAUAAGAACAUUUUAAUUCUUCAUUAAUAAAUUCAGCCUAACUAAGCUUUUUUUCCAUGUGAAACUUAAUCAGCAUCACUUGGCCAGCUUUGUCAGAUGUCAGAUGUUGAUUUAUAUGAAAGGAUUUUGCUAAGAUUAAAGAGAAUGUUCUUAGUGUAUUUGGACCACUAAGCUAAAAAAGAGAACCAAAACAAAGUUUUGUUCAACAUUCUGUUACUAGAAAAUCAGGUCACUGUCAAAUUCUUAUUUUGAAUAGAUGUCAGUAAGACAAAUUUUGUGACAAAAAUAGCUUUCCAAGAAUUAAAUAAUACCAGCAGAUUUAUGCUAAAUUUAGGAGGAUGUUUGAAUGUUCUUGCUUUUGACAAAAACUUAAAUGGUACGUUAUCUUGUGUGUAAAACCAAAGUCAUAUCUGCCAAAGGAUUUUGCAACUUGAUUUUACUUCAAGUGCGGACUCCAUAACUUCACAUCCAUGAAAGUAUUUUUGUGGAAUACUAACAAUAAAGUUUUCAGGUAGCAGCUUUUACAACUUGAACUACAUGAACAACUAAUGGCAUAGGAAAUGAUGAUAAUCUGCUUUAGGCAUGUUUUUUGAGAUGAAGAAUAUUACAUUAACAAAAUGUUUCUAUCUUUUUUCAUCAAGGUACAAGCCAUUUCUUUAUUUUUUUCAACGUUUUACUUGUAUACAUUGUGUACUUUUUUAUUAUCUUUGUAAGCUGUGCUUAUAUGACCGUGUGGGUUCCUUUGUUUUCUUUGGUGUGAAUGAACUGGCUUUCAUACUGUAUCAGCUUUUUUUGGUUUUGCUCUGUUGCUUUUUUUGGCUGUUAAUCAAAUCUGCAGAAAGAGUACGUUCCUUCUCUAAAGUUUACAUUGGCUUUGUAAUUGUUCUCUGUUGAUGUUAUUGUUUGUGUAACACUUAACUGCAUGACGCAGAGUGUAAUUAUAUGGCAUUAUAGCUGCAGAGGAAAUGUGUAACCUUUCUGCUUUCUCCAUUUGUUGUUGCAGCUUCCCGUAAGCAAAUCUUAUACAAAAGAGUAUUGUACGAUACUACCAUAAUACCACUGUUGUAACAAGUGCAUAUGCUUAGAAACAUAGUACUGUGUAACUAUUAAGUUGCAGUCAUUUGCUUGAUUGGCCUUUGCCUGGUUUCAUUGCCUUACAAUGCAUUUUUGUAAAGAAGGGCCUAAAGAAACUGCAAAACUGUCGCCAGCUGUAAGAUAUAUUUUGUUUUAUUUGUGUUGUUUAUUUGUUUAACUGCAACUUUGAUUGACUUUUAGCGUAUGGCUGUUAAACUCUGUGUGUUCAUUUAGUUCUUUUGAAUAAAAAAAGCAAUAUGUGUAGCCAAAGUGGAAA